GUCCACUAGGAGCAUUCGUUACUUCUUUCAUCCCCUAGAGAACGAGAACAUGUUUGAUUCUGGCGUCCUCUUCUGGAAAUACAACAGUUGCCUAUUCCUAUUUAAGAGAUAUGUCAUUUUCCGUAGGCCGCGGUGACAGUAGCCUGACCGGCUACUCCCCACCGCUCACCGGGAUUCGGCCAAAGCUGCAGCCAGACAUCCACCCGCAGUAGCCAGGACGGUGCCACAUCAGACACAGAGAAACUUGAUUGUGGAUUCGGACACGGGACACAGACGGGGGCACCGCAUGUGACACAGGCUCCCACCUUUACGUCAUGCGCUGAUUAACGUGUUUUGUUCGUCUGAUAAUUCUCUACAAGUGGAUUUGUGUUUGUUCAACGCGUCCAGCUGAAACCAUGACCUCUACAGAAAACAAAUGCUGGGGAGAAUGUAUGGAUAUUGCUGUUCAGAUAGCACACAAAGCUGGGAAGGUUGUACAGGAGGCUGUGAAACAGGAGAAGCGGGUCAGCAGUAAGAGCACUCCAACAGAUCUGGUGACGGAAGCUGACCAACAGGUGGAGGACCUCAUUAUAUCCACUCUUAAGGAGAAAUUUCCCUCACACAGGUUUAUAGGAGAAGAGUCUUCUGCUGCUGGGGAGAAAUGUAUUCUAACAGAUGAGCCUACCUGGAUCAUAGACCCCAUAGAUGGGACCUGCAAUUUUGUCCACAGCUUCCCCAUGGUGGCCGUCAGCAUUGGCUUUGCUGUAGAGAAAGAGCUGGAAUUCGGAGUGAUCUACCAUUGCUUUGAUGGGACUCUAUACACCGCAAGGAGAGGCCAUGGGGCAUUCUGCAAUGGAGCUCCGAUUCAAGUAUCUAAAGAGAGAGACAUAUCCAAAGCCCUCAUUCUGACAGAGAUUGGAGCUAAGAGGGACCCAGCUACACUGGAAAUUUUCUUGGGGAAUAUGCAGAAGUUGUUGAGUGCACCUGCUCAUGGGGUGCGGAUAAUUGGAAGCUCCACACUGGCAUUGUGCCAUAUAGCCACGGGUGCGGCGGAGGCCUACUACCAGUAUGGCCUUCACUGUUGGGACAUCGCUGCGGCGGCUGUCAUCAUUCGGGAGGCGGGAGGAUGCGUGAUAGACACCUCAGGGGGUCCUCUCGACCUAAUGUCCAGGCGAGUGGUGGCUGCUGGCUCCAGAGAGAUGGCGGAUUAUGUCGUCCGCCAACUGCAGCCAAUCAGCUAUGAGCGAGAUGACCACGACCCCAGUGUCCUAUCCUGAUCCUUCAACUGACCUCUGACCUUUAGCCUCUUACCUCAGAUUCACACAAUCCUGCCACACACACACUUGGUCUACCGUGCCCUUGUAUGCAAUACUGACUUCCCUUGAUUCCCUCAAUGCAAAGAAUCAACACAAAAAACAGUGCUCCUGCUGUUAAAAAAUGUUGUGCUGCCAAAACAACAAAAUGAAACAUCUUUCAAAGUGAUUUUCUUUCUUUUUUAUGCUAGUUUUCAAAUUUGAGAAACUUAUUAAGAAACUAUUUGAGAGAAGACAGAAGCGGCCUUUUCGGCAGAACAAAUUAUUUUACAGUGUGAUAAUUGUGAAUGAAAUUGUAAAAUUGUGUCUACACCCCUAUAAGACUGCCAGCUGACAUCUCAAAUCAAACUGUGAUGGUUGUCAAACAAACUAUCGACAUUUUAAAAAUCAUGGGGAUUUAGCAGUUGAUCCUAUCUUGCCUUGUCAAUAUUUCUGACCCUGUGACAAAUAUAGACAGUAAAUUUAAUGAGACUGUUGACAUUACUCAUUACACAAAUUAACUGCGUUCUCAAAAAAAAAAACUACUGGAAAAAAAAUACUCUAUAGACUUAUGAGGGCUUAUUCCUAGAUCACAAAUUCCAAUCAAGUUGUAAUGUUUCCAUCAUUAAACCCCUUACCAAAUCAGGGUUAAUCUGAACUGGUGCACAUCUGCUAACUUUUGUACGGCUAACCAAUACUGUUGUUGAGGUAACACUACUAUCUUACCAGCUAAACACUGCAGUUUUAACUUUCGUCUGUAUUCUAGUUUUUUAUGUUUUCUAAUAUGGAACACUCAGUAAAGACAAAUAGGUUUGUUCUAAUAUUUCACAUGAUUUUCUAGUUGGCAAAUGACAAUGUAAUAAUUCUCUCCUGGUUCACACUCACUGUGAUUGACAAUAAAACUAAUGAAUACACAAA